AUGGCGGGGGAGCGAUGGAUUUUCACCAAUUCGCAACUUUUGGAUACCCCCAGCCGAAAAUGUGGGAUAGAUAACGACAAAGAACUGGCAUACAGACAACAAGCUGCCAACCUGAUCCAGGAAAUGGGACAGAGCCUCAUAGUAACCCAACUAUGUAUCAACACUGCCAUCGUGUACAUGCAUCGGUUCUACAUGUUCCACUCCUUCUCCAGGUUCCAUCGCAAUUCCAUGGCACCUGUUUGUCUGUUUCUUGCCGCAAAAGUAGAAGAGCAACCUAGAAAACUGGAACAUGUUCUCAAACUAGUCCACAAGUCACUACACAAAGAUGGCCCUUUUGAUGCCAAAAGUGAUGACUACCUUCAACAAGCACAUGAACUGGUUGUGAAUGAAAACAUCCUUCUACAGACUUUGGGGUUUGACCUGACUGUCGACCAUCCCCACACCCAUGUGGUCAAAACAUGUCAGCUGGUUAGAGCCACCAAGGAUCUCGCCCAGACGUCCUACUUCCUGGCAACAAACAGCCUUCAUUUGACUACCAUGUGUCUGCAAUACAAGCCAACAGUUGUAGCCUGUGCCUGUGUACAUCUAGCCUGCAAGUGGUCCAGCUGGGAGAUUCCUCGAUCGAGCGAAGGCAAAGAUUGGCACUGGUACCUGGACAAAAAUGUAACGGUCAAAUUACUCGAAGAUAUGUCCCAGGAAUUUCUCAAUAUACUUGACAAGUGCCCAAGCAAGCUUAGGAAAAAAAUAUUAACAUGGAAGUCUGGAAAGGAUCGACCUGAAGAAUAUGACCCAGAAAAGAAGAAAUUACGUGAGCAGGCAGCCCAACAAGCAGCAAAAGAUGCUGCUGGGGCCAAGUCAACAUCAUCCCAUCAUCAUUCAAUGACCAACCAUGACCGGAAAGGAGACAAAUCUCAUCACAUUAAGUCAGAAACAUCGUCACAUGGUAGUUCAAAACAUCAUACAGACCCAAGUGCAACAUCUCAGAGCAGCCAUCACCACCACCAGCGCUCUCAUUCAGAUUCUGUUUCAUCCAAAUCCAUCCCUGCCCAGACUAGUACGGAUUCUAACAAACAUAGCUCAGACCCUCCUCAGUUGGGGACCGUUACAAAUCCGUCCAUUUCUGCUGCUGCUUCUGCUGUUACAACAGCAACCACCACUAGUACCACAAAAACAACACUCAAAGAAUAUUGGGAGAAACAGAGAGAAAGAGAGAAACGUGAGGCAGCUGCUGCAGCUGAAAGGAUAAAACGUGAGCCCCAUGAGAGUAGUGAGGAGAGGAAAGUUCCUACAGUAAAGCUAGAACCAGGUUUACAUCCUGGAUCAGAGAAAACCAAAUAUCACCACCAUAAAGACAGGGAACAUCAUCGAGACCAGCAUAGACAACAGCGAGAUCUCGAAAAGAUCUCAGAAACUAAAAUCAAAAUUAAGUCAGAAUCUGGUCAUUCUCACCAUAAGGUCUCAAAUGAAAGCUCUUCUCCUUUAAAACUUAAAAUAAAAAUGCCAAAGGACCAAUCAAGUCAUGGGGAUAAAAAGCAUUCUCAAUCAGAACAAAAAGUGCCACCGUUAAAGAUAUCUUCAGGCUCAUCUAGACAUCGUGGUGAAUCACAUCACAAAUCGCACAAGUCUUCACGACACUCCAGCAGUAACUCUGAACAAAGUAUGAACCAUUCAGGUGACGGUGGGGGUCACCACAGUGGGACCAAUGGCCGCUCUGACCUCAAGCUCCACAUUAACAUGAACACGAUGUCGUCAUCGUCGAGUAAGUCCAGUCGUGAGGGAAAGGGAGAGAAACAUCGGGACAGAAGUUCUCGGUCUUCCUCCUCGCACCAUGAAUCAGCCAAAUCUGCCUCUUCCUCUUCAUCUUCACACAGUCAUUCAGGUCACCCGUGGACAAUGUCAGAAUUAAUGGCCACAACAGCAGCUUCAAAUUCAAUGCCUUCAUCAUCACGGAAAAGACCUCAUAGUCCAGCAACAGACCAUUUAAAUGAUAUACAUAAGAACAAAGUGUCCAAAUCAGAAACAAACUUGCGAAGGUCGUCUUCUAACCAUUCUAUUGUCAGUAUGGAUUUGUCCGAUACUGGGUCUCUGACUGGUGGGGAUGUGUUCAACACGGAGACCAGCAUUGCACUGCGUGGGCUUGAAGGUGGCAGUCGCAAUAAUUCUCCAUUGAUAGACACCAGCAAAGAGAAGUUAGACAUGCGAAUACAGGAAUUACAGCAGGUCAUUGACUUGCAAAAGGCUCAAAUAGCAUUACAACAAACUCCGAGCAACCCUCAGGCACCUCCUCCACCACCUGCCCCCUCACUGGCAUCACAAUUUACAGACAUGCCAAUGCAGUCCUUGUAUGAUAUGGACUUCCUUUCUGAUGAUGCCUUGCCCCCUCUACCUGGUGACAUUACAGAGAAACCUCCAACCCCUACUCACUUUUGACUUAGGCCAUACAAUAGGCUACUGUAAUUUUAACAUAUUAUAUAUUCAUAAGUGGAAAUAGGAAACAAUUUCUCUUCAAUAUUCCUAACUUUUAUGAACUGAACACAUAACUGCAAUUUACAAAUCAUGCUUUGAACGAUACUAGAUACUUAUAUUUCUUUUCUAAGAUUAUUUCAUCAGUAGCAAUUACUAGUAUUAGUACCAUAGAUCAAUAUAAGUGUUUUCCUGUGAAUUAUUUCAGAUUUUCAUUUCUAAAUGAGUGCAUGUUAAGGUUUUAUUUUUUAAUAUUUUCAUUAAAGUAUGCAGUCCAUUUCAGAUUGAAAAUUAUUUCAUCCAAAAAAUGCUGACCAAAUAAUGGAUGGAUUGAGUACAACCAUAGGACCUUUUGCAUAAAAUGUCCAUAGUCUGAACCAUAAUGUUUUCUAUUUUUAUAUGUGUAUAGAAUAAUGGGCUCUUUCUUUAGCUUCUGGUCAAAUAAUUUUGUAAAAAAUUCAAUAAAAGCAUUGCAAAUGCUGUUAGAGAUAAUGAUAUUCUAGAUUUUCUAGGUUAUGUUAAAUAGUACAGCUUCUUUACAACCAUUAAAGGUAUUUAACUGAAAUAUUCUUUCAGUAAAUCAUAAAUAAAACCUAAUCGCUCAAAAACAAAUAGACUAACUCCGACUCUGUAAUUCAGUUUAAAAAACGAAGAAAGUUUUGUUUGCAAGUUACGUGCCAUAAACUAUGCCUACCACUGGUGAAUUGAACUCUUUUUGGGAUUUGAUGAUUUUAGUUCUUAAUAGUUAGUAAACUUUGUUCCAUUGCGAAUCAUAAUUCUUCCAUGCAUUAAUUACAAAAAGACUGGACCUUGUUUUCAUAAUUAUAUUGUAAAGGAAGUAUUUAGACUUCAUUUUCUUUUAUUUGAUUUGUUUAAAACUGGGCAUGAUUUAUAUAGCAUAUCUUCAUAUUUCCAUAUGUGACUGGAUAUGCACUUAGAUAAAGUUAUUAGUAUUACUAUGAAGUUAAAGUAGUUGAUUAUGCAAAAUUGGUGUUAAAAUGCAUUAUCUUUCUCUCUUCAUUUUUAGUUUGACCCAAAGAUUGAACUAUUUUUUUUAUCAGUAAUAGGUCAAUCUAGGUUGGUAAAAUUAGAUCAGAAGUUUGACUACUUUGCUGUAGUAAUCUACAUGACAGCCAGAUCAGCUGAUAGUUGUUUCUGACUUUAGUGUUGUUAAGGUUACAAUUUAAAUUAUUGGAAAGAUAGAAAUAUGUAGUUUUUGUAUUCAUUUAUUAUGUCCAUGGGCAUUAAAAAAACAAAUGUUAUUUUAUGUUGUUUUUUUACCAGAAAUUUUUACUUUUGAGAGAAGAAAAAGGCAGGAAAAGAGUAUUGUCAAAUUUCAAUGCAGACAUUUUAUUGGAAAUAUGUAUGAAAAGGAAUGUAGAUGCAUGUGUUAAACUAAAUCAGAUAUAUCAUUUACUACUUCACUGGUUGAGAGUCUUAAACUAAAUCUGUCCUGUGCUGCUAUGUAGCUUAAGUCCUAUUUGAAUUGUUUUAAAGCUGGGCUACACUAGAAUGAAACUAAACCAUUAUCAGAUUAGAGCAAUUAAAGUUUGAUUACCAAGCAACAUUUUUGGAAAAAAAGUCAGGUAAUGCUGGUUGUAGCUAGUAUAUGUUUCUAAUAAUUAAACACAAACUUAAGAUUUAUUCAUGUCUCCUUUAUACUUUUAUUACACCACAAUAUAUUUACAUUUUAAUCCUAGCACACAUUUUGUCAUUUUUGAUCCAUGGCAAUUUUGAAUAUAAAUUCUCAAUUUCUUUAAGCUUUCCAUGGGUGCUGAUUAGCUGAUUUUGUUGAACACAUGAAUGACAUGCUUUAUGUCUCCUGAAAAGAUUCUGUAGGUGGAAGUAUGCACCAUAGUAGCUGCAUUGUGUUUAUAAAAGGUAUUAUAAUGUCCGGUGUUUCCCUCAUUCCAGAUACUGUUUUAAUGGAACAGCACUUCGAGAUGUUUUGAUGAUAAUGGAUUGAUAAAUGAACAUUCUGUAUUCCUAUUGGAACAAAUAAAGAAAUAUUUGUUAUUCAGCUUAUCUGUCAUACCUAAAUUUCAUUGCUUAAUUUAAAUGUUGUUGCAGCUUGUAUGUUUAUAUAUUCAUAGACAUGAUUAAGUAAUAAGUAUUCCCCCUUGAAACUGGGGGUAGAGUUUACCCCUAGCAAUGUAUUCAUAUAGUAGAGUCCUUAAAAGCAGGGGUACAAGACUUGAAUUUCACCAAUUUUGGGGGUUUGUACCUUCAUUUAGGGUAAUGGAGAAAACCUGUAUUUGGACUUGUUCAUUGUUUUGUAAUUGUAUGAUGAUGUAGAAACUCAAUAACACUUUAUACUACAUGUGAUUACAAAAUUUACCUCAAAAUUAAUCAUGAGUAAAAGAGUUCUUCAUAUUUAUGUGUCAUAAAUAGUUUUGAAACCAUUAGUAGUGUUAAAUGGUGCUUUAAGUAGAAAGAACUACCCAUAAAAUAUUUUUGAAGCUGAAAAAUUACAAUCACAUCCCUUAGAAUAUUUCCUUUUUGUUUUUUGUUCCCAUCAGUACUAAAUUACUUAUAUCUGAUAGGUAUUGCAGCCUAAGUUCAGAUUCUGACAUUACCUGGUACAUGUAGUUGAAUUUUUAGGUCACCAAAGUCUCCUGAACCAAUGGCAAUGAAUUUUUGCAAAAACUUUUCCUGGUCAAAGAUGAACCAAAAUAAUUAUAAGGACAUCACCCCAGGGGCCUGAGGGGCAUGGCCAAAAGCAGUCAAGUUGACUCCAAUUUCAGAAGUUUUCUUCUCAACACUUAGAUAUGGUAGAAUCAAAUGCUCUCCGUGGAUGAAAAUUUCUUCAGGUGUAUUACCAGAAUUGUGAAUUUGAAGGCCCCAGGAUUUAACAUUUCCCCCUUAGUGAAGUUUACAAUAAUUUUAUAGUUUGCUGACCACCAAGGGCUUAAAACAUAUCAAAUUUUAAUUUAAUCAAUGUCGCAAUGUUUUUUGUGACAUUUGAAAGAUAUUGCUUCAUAACGUUUAUAUUCAAUAUUGUUCACUAAAGGUGGCUAUCAUGCUGUAGGGCCUCUUGUCAUCAAGUGUUUUUCAGAAGAUUACAUUUUGUGCUCUGGUCAGUUGUGUAGUUUCUGAUGUUGUUUGAGGUUGCAAAAUUUCCAUACAGGAAUAUAGUAUAAUUGUACUUAUUUCUGUAAAUUUGUUAAGCAAGGUUACAUAAUUUUGAUGUAUGUUAGAUUCCAGGAGGGGACAGGUGACCUUUCAAUCGAUAAAAAGAUGAGCAAAGAAAGGAAGAAAAAAAUGUUAAUAGUAAAAUUACAGCUUGACACAUUUUGAACUGUGGAGACAUGAUUUCUUUUUCACCUUGUGUAAAUAUCUUGUUCUGUGCGCUUGUAAGCCAUUAGCUAGAGACCUCCCCAAUAAGGACUAGAUACCUAGAUAGUGUUGACUGUUAUUUAGCGGCUAUUUCUAUGCUUUAUCGAAAUACAAAUUUAUGCGAGACCUCAUGUUCUAAGCCUUUCUGGUUCUUAUAUGAGAAGAUAUCUGUUGGGUGAUGUGUUGUCUAAUGAAAGAGAUCUGCCAGGUUGAAGAGGGGGUUUCUGUACAAACUUUAUCAUUACACUGGCUGUUAUACACAGGUUACUGGUAUCUGGGUUAAUAAACGUUUUGUAUCAAGAGGUGUUAUAUCAUGUUGGCUGUUGUACAGAGGUAAUCUGUCAUGAUGUUUAUAUUCAGGGUACCUAUACAGGUAGAGUUAUGUCCAGUGUACAGACUGUUUUGUGGCGAUAUAAAGUUUUACACUGAUUGUUAUAUUGGGAGUAUUAGGUAUCAUCCUUGCAGUUAUGUUAGCAGUAAUUAGUUGAGCUAGGACAAAUUUUGUUCUGAGUAUGAUUCCAUGUUUAUCUUGGAUUCUAUUGUUAUGUAGAAGGGCAGUCUGAUAUUUGGACUGUGAAAAAUAUCUCAAUAUUGUUCGUCAGUUGAAAGUUUUAAAAUCACUUUGUUGGAUUUCAUGCUUAACGAGUAGACACCCAUUACUGUUGCAUUUUCAUAGAUGUAAACCUGUGUGUGUAGAUUAUUUUCAUUUCGGGCUGGCAUUGUUUCAACAGGUUUUGAAACAAAAGUUGCAGUAUGAGAGGGAAUUUGGAUAAUGGCUAUUUCAAAAUUUAUGUGAUCGAAAUUGAACAAUAUAAAGAGUGGCAGAUGUUAAGAAAACAAUAGGAAUAAGUGUGAUUUGGAUUUUCUUUCCUCUUACUUUGGACAGUUACAUCCAUGCUUUUAAAAGGGUCUGGCCUUGGGUUUGAGACGGUAGGAUUACUCUUUCUUAAAGGGAUAUGGUGACGGCAAGAGAAAAAUAAUCAUUCACCAGCUUUUAAGUUGAAGAGGGGGAUCUCGACUAUCUGGGAAAGAUUCUGCAGUUGCAAAUACUGGCCUUAUAAUGUAAACUUCCUCCUCUGACUGAGGUCCUCCUAUUUUUAACCGAAAGAAGGUUAAAGUUUCUAUUAAUCCUACCAUACAAAACAUAUUUCUAAUAGAAUGGCUUAAAGUUGCUCCAGUAAUCUUAAGUUCUAGAAUGAACAAUACUUUAGUAGAUAUAUAUUAAUAUAUAUAUAAUAUAAAAAUAUCGUACAUUUUGCUUUAUGUAAGCAUUUUUCGUAACAAUUAGGUUCUCAGUACCUACUAUUUGAUCUUACUAUAAACAUGUAUAUCAUCUUUUUCUAUGCUUUAUCUACAUAUUCUCCUUGACAGGAGGUUUUUGUGGACAUUUGUCUACAAGUCUGAUACUGUUGUUUGUAGCAGUGUUUUCUGUGAUCUGAUGCAUGGGGAGUUGGGAAACAUUCUAGAGCAUUGAUUGAAAGCAGGAUAAAAGUACAGUGUUAUAUGAACACUGGAAAGAAAGUGUCCAGUUACAAUUAAUGGGAAAGUGAUAUUUUGAAAACACCAUAUAUUAUGCUUGUUAGUAUGUUUUUGUGAUUCUCCUGUAAUCGGGUGGUAAGUCUGCUAUUAUUAGUGGUAUUUUGUACUUUAUUUACAACAUGACAAAAUAUGUUGGGCCACUUGUCUUUUUUUUAUUUAAUCAUGUGUGUGAGAUCAGCAUAUCUUUCAGUAUUUCUAUGAGUUGUACAGUAGCGUAAAUUUAAAUAAAAAAAAGGGGGGAAAAAGUGGCAGAUGAAUGGAGAAUAAAAUUGCUACACUAUGUUGAUAGGUUGGAAGUAUUUACCUUGAUUAAAAACAUUUUAAAAAUUG